AUGUCACUACAAGAUUGGAUACAAGAUGUCCAACCAAUCUCAAAGAUCUAUGAGAUCCUCGAAGCUUCCAAAAAUGUCCCCGAUGAAUGUCCUGUUAACGAUCCAUUGGGCGGUGUUGACAUAAGGUGUGGUCCAAUCUUGAGAUUGAUUGGAACUUUAGAAGAUAACACUGAUAAUUAUAGAGCUUCAAUUAUGUUGGUUGUUAAAGGUUCUGAAAUUCCAAAAGUCUCAUAUGUUCAAGGUCCUGUCAUUCCAGAUUCUUUAGAUGAAUUGGCUAAAGGUGAAUAUAAACAUCAAGUGUUUUCCACUGUUGGUGACUACAAAUUUUACAGAUUUUUAAUUGAUACAAAGUUGAUUGCAAAAGAACAAAAGAUUAGAUAUACUGUUAAUGAUGUCUUAUCUUAUGAAUUCUUCUUACCUGCAGCUUCUCAACCUAUGAACAUUGUGUCAUAUUCAUGUAAUGGGUUUUCUUUAUCAACACAAACUGAAACUUAUAAAUCUUCAUUAUGGUAUGAUGUCUUGAAUCGUCAUCAUUCUUCUCAGCGUUAUCAUGUUAUGCUUGGUGGUGGUGAUCAAAUUUAUUGUGAUGCUAUCAAGAAUGCUUCAAAAGUGUUCCAUGAUUGGUUAGAGGAGAAAAAUCCAGUCAAGAAACAUCAUCAAAAAUUGACUAAAGAGAUUAGUGAUUCUUUCCAUGAUUUCUACAUUAAUCAAUACAUGAAAUGGUAUGGUCAAGGUUUCUGGAAAGGUACUAAUGGUAAAAUCUUGGAAGCUUUAUUCCCAGUUGCAAUGGCUACAAUCCCUUCAAUUAACAUUUAUGAUGAUCAUGAUAUUAUUGAUGGUUAUGGAUCUUAUCGUGACUCUACAAUGAGCACUGAAAUCUUUAAAGGGGUUGGUAAUAUCGCUUAUCAAUACUAUAUGCUUUUCCAACAACAAGUCAAUUAUAAAGAUGAUGAUGAAGCUUAUUUGAAAGAUCCAAGUUGGAUUCUUGGUAGUAAACCAGGUCCUUAUAUGGGAGAAAAAAGUCAUUCAAUCUUUACAAAAUUGGGGAAAGGUAUUGGAUUCCUAGGGUUGGAUUGUAGAACUGAAAGAAAAUUGAAAACAAUUGUCACUAAAGAAACUUAUGAAUUAGUUUUCAAAAGAUUACAAGCUGAAGUUAAAAAAGAUCCAUCAAUUAAACAUUUAUUAGUGUUAUUGGGUGUUCCUAUUGCUUAUCCAAGAUUGGUUUGGUUAGAAUGGUUAUUAAAUUCUGUGAUAUUGGCACCUGCUAGAACUUUAGCUCAAAAGGGUAUCAUUGCAAAAGGAUUGGUUAAUGAAUUUGAUGGUUCUGUUGAAGUUUUAGAUGAUUUAAAUGAUCAUUGGUGUUCAAAACAUCAUAAAAAGGAGAGAAACAAUUUGAUUGGUAAAUUACAAGAGUUUGGGUCGAAAAAUGGUGUUAGAGUAACUAUUUUAUCUGGUGAUGUUCAUUUAGCAGCAGUUGGGCGUUUUAAAACUAAAAUGCAUUUAAACCACUUCUUCAACAAAGAGAAAUAUCAAGAACAUAACGAUGCCGUCAAGUCAAAACCUGAAGAAGAUCCAAGAUUAAUGUUCAAUGUUAUUUCAUCGGCAAUUGUCAAUGCUCCACCACCAGAUGCUAUGGCUGGUUUAUUAAACAAAAGAUCAGGUAUUCAUCAUUUCGAUCACAAUACAGAUGAAGAUAUGGUUCCGAUCUUUACAAAAGAUGUUGAUGGAUCCAUUCGUUCAAAUAAAGAAUUCUUAAACAAGAGAAAUUGGGCAGAUUUGAUUUCAAUUCACAACAUUCAAGAUAAAGAAGGUUAUAAGGUUGGUGACGAAAGACUACCAGGUCCUGUUACAGGUAUUCCUGAAGGAUUGAAAAUUAGAGAUGAAAGAGAUUUAAGUUACAGAAUCUCGGAAAAUUCUUUAAUUGCUACAAUUCAUGUUGAAAAAAACCAUGAAGAUAUCAAAAGUGAAACCUUGGGUUAUGAAAUCGCAAUUCCGGGUUUAAGUGGGAAGUAUCAGCUAGAAAAUAUUGGUUUACGAGCUUAG